AUGAAUCUUAAUGAUCUCAACAAGGUCUGGGAAAUUAAAUCUCUCAACAGAAUUGGACAGGAUGAAGCCACCGAGAUUCUUCAAAAAGUAGCUAAGCAGGUUCAACCAAUCAUGCAUAAAAGAAAAUGGAAAGUUAAUCUCCUUUCUGAAUUCUGUCCUGUCGAUCCAUCUCUAUUAGGGAUGAAUAUAGGACCUGGUGCAGAAGUUAAGCUCAGAUUAACAAGGCCUAACCGCGACUAG